AUGGCCUCCCAGGCCUUCGAGAGAGCAAUGAAAAAGCUGGAGACUCCCAGUGAAGCGCUUUUGGCCGACAUGAUCAUGCGCGAUAUCACUCAGCUGGCAGAAGAUGCAAAAGACAAGGGGGUUACAGCGUAUCUGCGCAAACCUGUGCACCGAAAGAAGCCCAACGAACGAUUCCUGCAGGGCACUCUACGAAGUGUCGCUUUUGGCAGGAGCAUCGGCGAGGGCAGGAGUGAUGCGCACAGCAGCGAGAGUGACUCGUUAGAGAGUGAAAAUGAAGAGAUGGAGAGCGAAGCAGGGCCUUCAGGAGCUGUGAGCGACAGCGAGCUGGCAGACAUGCUAUCGAGGCAUUGCCCGAGGGGGAGGGGCGCUGUGGGCUCGCGUGCAGACGAGCCAGGACCAUUCCUGCCUGAGAGUGCCUUGGCAGAUGCCGGGCCUGAUGAUAUGAGCGUGAGAGGACCCAUUGGCCCAGAGAGGCCUGCUUGGCUGCAGAGGGAUGCAGGCACUGCAGCUACAUUGAAAGGGGGCAGGAGUGAUUCUAUAGAGCAGGAGGGUACAGGCAAACAGGUAGAGAUAUUGCAUAAGGUCAAAAAGGACCCGAAAGGCAAGCUGCACAAGGAAAAGAAGAAGAAAAAGGAGAAGCGGCACAAAGAGAAAAAGCGGAGGAAGAAAGAGAAAGUGGCGUAA